AACAAAACCAAAGUUCGAAAAUUGGAAGGCGCUACCCAUCUUCAAUAUUCUCUCUUGACUCUGUUCCAUGUCUGAUUCUGUUCGAUCUCUGAUUCGGUCGUUCAAACUCCUCCAAGCUGUAUGCUUUGCUCCCAGCAACUACACAGCUGCAUCUACUAGCUUGGUUUUCGAAAUCCCAGCACCAUCCCUAUAUUGUUGAAAGCUCAAACGUUUCCUAUUUCUGUCAAAGAUUCAAUUUUUUGAUCAAAGGGUAGCUCUUAUUUCGUAGAUUUCAGACAAUUCAUACCUUUACGUUUGCUAUUCGAGUGCUUAAGGGUGCGAGAAAGUUAGGGUUUCGUGUUCGUAGUUGAUUUGGGGAUUUAUAGAAGUAAGACUUUUGGGCUUCGGAUGACUGUUCGACCAAUAGGCUGUGGUAUGAAUUUAGGGUUUCAAUCCAGAGUCAUGUAAAUCUGUUGGAUUUGAAGCGUUUCUACUCGUUUUUGAUGAUUUGGUACUCAAGAAGAUGGUUUAGAGGCUUAUGCUAUAUCUGGGAGCGACUAUUAGGGUUUUAAAAUUGUCGAUUGGAGAGAUUGUUAUGUGAAUUACAGGGUCUCUUUGGUGUAUUGAGGUGAGACAAAGUACAGAAAAAUGUUUUACUCGCAGUUUAUAUUGGCAAAAAAAGGCCCACUUGGGACGAUAUGGAUAGCGGCACAUUUGGAGCGCAAGCUUCGCAAGAAUCAGGUUGCCGACACCGAUAUUGGCGUCUCUGUAGAUUCUAUUCUUUUUCCUGAAGUUCCGAUUGCUCUCCGGUUGUCCAGUCAUCUUCUGCUUGGUGUUGUGAGGAUAUAUUCUAGAAAGGUGAAUUACCUUUUUGAUGACUGCAGUGAGGCUUUGCUUAAGAUUAAGCAAGCUUUUCGCUCCACCGCAGUUGAUUUACCACCAGAAGAAUCAACUGCACCGUAUCAUUCUAUCACCUUGCCUGAGACUUUUGAUCUUGAUGAUUUUGAGCUACCAGAUAAUGAAAUUUUUCAGGGUAAUUAUGUUGAUCAUCAUGUCAGUACAAGGGAGCAGAUUACUCUCCAAGAUGCAAUGGAGGGUGUGGUUUACUCGACAUCUCAGUUCGGAUUGGAUGAGCGAUUUGGGGAUGGUGAUACUUCUCAAAUUGGUCUAGAUUUUGAUGAGGACUUGUUCUUAGGCCAGGCUGCAGCUCAAGGGAAUGAUGCAAUUUCCGGUAGAGAUCCUCAGGCAUUGACUCCGCCAGCAACACCCCUGGAAAAGCAUGAAGUUUUUGAGGGAGUACCUGGAACUUCAGAAACUGUGCAAAUGAAUGAGACUGGAAACCAGAAUGAAGUCCUUGCUGCAAAUACUGAAUUUGUCACAUAUGCUCAGGCUCCGUCGACUCCCGGAUUAUUUGAAGAGCCAAACUUGUCUAGUGUUCAGGAAGCUAUGGCCUGCAAUGAUCACUUGGAUUUGGAAGACCAUGGUUUAUCAAAUUUACCAGUACCGGAAGGCACAGAAAAUGCUUGUAGCGAGUUAGGUCCACGUUGCGAGGAUAAUAAUAAUACAAUAAAUGUGCCUGAGAAUGGAUACAAUGUGGGAGAUCUGGAGAUGAAACCACCAGUGCAUGAGCAGAUUAAACCUGUAUCUCCAGCAUUAGAAUGUUCAAAUGGGACAGUUGGUGCACUGGAUUUCCCAAACAGGGUGGAAGAUAUAAAUUGUGGUAUUGUAAUUAACAGUGAAGCAACUAUGCUCACAGAAAAAAAGGGUGAACAAUGUGUAGAACCUGCAGGAGUUAGGCUGGAUGAAACCGUUGCAUCUCCUAGUUGCUCUCAGGUUACCUCCGAGUUGGAGGAGUCUGCUCGUAAGAUUUCUUCGAGUGGUACCUGUGUUCAAGUGCCAGAGGAUUACAUGGAGGAUCAACAAACAUCUCUAAAGUCUGAAAUUCAAAAUGAUAUUGCUAACUAUACAGGAGAAGCAUGCACACCUAACAUUGUAGAUUGUUUCAACCCUGUUGCUCAUGAAAAAAUGGCAUCUACUCAAUUCUGUGUGCUUCAGGCAUGCAACUCUGAUCCGAGUCAUCACAGUGUGGUAUCUUCUUCAGAUAAAAGUGCAGAAAUUCCUUGCAACUUAUCUUCUGAGGUUGUGCGGUUAAACUCAGUGGCCAACGUUAUAUCUGGCGACAAUCAACUGGAUGUUUUGGAUAGGUCUGCCACUUCUGACUCGCUUGCUCCUGAAAAGUUUCUAUCUAUAUCAGAGGGGCUCACUGCUGAACCAAGCGGUAUACCAGUUGAGUCUACACCUGAAAAAGAAGUCUUCGGUGGUGAUAGUGGUGAUGGUGCUAGGUCCAAACUCAUCUCUGGGAAGAAACGCAGUUCUACUGAAAGUAGUGUAACAGUUCAGAGUUUAAAUUCAGUCGAGUCAUUUGGGGAGGCCCGAGGAAAGCGAACUGCAGAUUCCAUCCCUGAUGAUGAUGAUUUAUUGUCUUCUAUUUUAGUCGGGAGAAGAUCUUCAGUUUUAAAACUAAAACCUACUCCGCCUGUACCUGAAAUGAAAACCACAAAACGCCUCCGAACUGCUGUCCGUAGCACUGCUUCAAAGAGAAAAGUGCUAAUGGAUGAUUCAAUGGUCCUGCAUGGCGAUACAAUACGCCAGCAGUUGACAAAUACCGAAGAUAUACGUCGUGUGCGGAAAAAAGCCCCUUGUACUCGCCCAGAAAUUUCAAUGAUUCAGAGACAAAAUUUGGAAGAUGAAAUUUUCACUGAACCCAUCAUCACAGGCUUGGCAGCGGAACUGAUAUUUCUGCACACCGAGAAUUUUGAUGUGAGUACAACCAGGUUUUCUGAAGAUGAUCAAGGCAACACUUCUGACAAGGUACUGAAGGAUGAACAAUAUUUUGUGAGGUCAAAUGUUACUGAAGAAACUGAAAUCCUUGGAAGCACCAAACCUGUAAUAGUGAGAGAUGAUGCAGAAGCACAAGCUGACAUUGUUAUUGAGACUGAAAACCGGGGGAUGCAAGAUCAUAACCUAAGAUCUCAGGACUCUGAUGCUCAAGGGCAGAGGAUUACCAACCCUGAAGAAUCAAAGCAUGAACCCUUGGUGGAGAUGAGCGAAAUGGAAAUUGAUGUAAACAAUGCAGAAGCUACCAAUUUUGUUCCAGCAGAUACAUACGAUAUGCCAUCUGAAGAUAACAUCCAGCCAAGGCACAUGAAUAAAAUUGAUGGGGAAGAUGCUUCUCUGCAGACGGGUACAUUAUGCAUGUCCCCAGAUGAAAAGGUGGAUGGUCAACCUAUUGAUGUGGAUGCGUUGGUAGUCGAUGCAAGUAUUCAGAAAGGAGUUGACGCUAUUGGAUUUGCUGAGCAUAAUGUCGAAAUCAGUGCAGAUGUUCAGACGGGUUUUUCUGAAGUUACUGACCUAAAUGCUACACUUGCAACCGUAACUCUUGAAACUGGUGACCACAAGAACUUGAGUUUAGAUGAUCAACCUAUGGAAGAAAUGGGACAUGAGCUGCAUAUUGUGAAUGAAAAUGAGGUCCUAGAUGCAACGUAUGGUUGUGAUGACAAGGACACUAAGUCUAGUUGUAUGCUUGGUGGAGAAGACAACAUUGGUUCUACAAUUUCGUUGGAACUUGAUGUGGACGCAAAAUAUAAUUCCUUCAGUGAUAAAGAAAACCUAGAACAUGAGGAGGCUGAUCCACGCAGUGGAACUGAGGCAAAAGUUACUGCAGACUACCCUGCUGGAAAUCGUGGAGAUUAUGGUGAUGUAGUUUUUGGAAACGAUACAGAAUUUUUGAACGUAGAUGAUGAAGAGAUAGCCGAGGAGGCGGAUGAUAUGCCUUCUGCUGAAGACACUUGUCUUCUUGAAAACAGUGGAUGGUCUUCCCGCACCAGGGCUGUUGCCAAGUAUCUUCAAACUUUAUUUGAUCAGGAAGCUGUGCAUGGGAAAAAGGUUCUUGGCAUGGACAACUUAUUAAAUGGAAAAACUCGUAAGGAAGCUUCAAGGAUGUUCUUUGAAACAUUGGUUCUUAAGACGAGGGAUUACAUCAACGUAGAACAAGCAAAACCAUUUGACAACAUUAACAUAAAGCCUAGAGUAAAGCUCAUGAAAUCAGACUUCUGAUAUCUUACAUAGGAAAGGUGGAUACUGUUGAAUACGCUCUUAUAGCUUUAGUCUGAUGUUCUACUGAGAACUGAGAUUAUUCUUUUCCUUCAUAGGCCAUUAUCAAGAACUUUGUUUCUCGUUUUCAUUAUAUUGAAUCCUUUCCCUUAGGCUAGGGAUUAUGUUCUCAUUAGGUUUUGUAAGUGGUAGUUUGUCAGUGGGGUUGACAUUGAUUGUAAACACUGUUGUAAGGUUGUAAGGUGGAUCAUAUCUGUAUGUAUAUAUGUGUAAAGGUGUAUCUUUGGCAAUCGAAGUUGCGAUUCUUUAGCAAGUACUGUAAAUUUUACUGGUUGCUGUUACGUGGGAGAGAAAGUCUGAUUGUGU